UCCAGUCUGCUGCUGGAGGAGCAAACCUGGCAACCUGGCAGCUCGUACGGAGACCGGUUGGCAAUCUGGCAAUGCGGAAAUAGAUCUGGCACCCCCGAGCCCGGACUGAGGAGAGAGGCGUGACAGCGCGAGCAGAGAGGAGAGGGAAUAGCACUGACAAAGAUAAAAUAAUCAACUCUUUAUUUCCUCUUUGCUUUUUCUUUUUUUUUAAAUUAAAGUGCUCAGGUGCGCUCAUCUGCACCAGCUGGGGUUUUCCAGCAUUUGUUUUUUUUAAAUUUGACAAGUCUGAGAAGAAGAAAGAAGAAGUACGUUUUUAUCGUUUGGAUUCCGGACUUCUUUACUGAGUUUUCCUUUUUGCAUCAAGCAUGGAUGUGUUGGCGAAUUACAGUAUUUUCCAGGAACUCCAACUCGUUCAUGACACUGGUUAUUUCUCCGCUAUGCCUUCCCUGGAGGAGAACUGGCAGCAGACAUGUCUAGAGUUGGAGCGGUAUCUACAGACGGAGCCCAAGCGACUCUCAGAGCUCUUUGAUGAGGAGCUGGAUUGCCUCUUAACACCGGCAUUCAUGCAGGGUGGUGACAGUGAUGAGGACCUGAUGGACCCCCUUCUCCCCAGCCUGCCUGACCAGCCCAGCCCGCCCCCACUACUUGUAACUCUCCCCAAGGUGCAGGCCAAGAUCCUCCAGGUGCCCAACCACAGCAAGACCCAGGCAGAAGCAGGGACCGAAACCCUCACAACCAAGGAGCAAGUCCUCGGAGGAGUCAGCGCCGCACAGCUUAGCGCUGCUGUUACAUCCCUAACACCGCCGUCAUCACCAGAGCUCGGCCGCCACCUCAUCAAACCCACACAAACACUCACUGCGACGGCAGAUGGCACCUUAACGCUCAAAUUUGUGGCAAAGAAGGUAGGCUUAGGGGCCGCCAAGCUGGUGGCAGCACGGGCAUUACCGUCGCCGCCAAGCCGAGGAGGGACCCUCAGUGACAGCGAGCAGGGAGGAGGAGGAAGUCUGGGAGGAGAUGUACCAGAGAACAAGAAGAGAGUCCACCGGUGCCAGUUUAAUGGCUGCAGGAAGGUUUACACCAAGAGCUCCCAUCUGAAGGCACAUCAGAGGACCCACACAGGUGAGAAGCCGUAUAAGUGCUCAUGGGAGGGCUGCGAAUGGCGUUUUGCCCGCAGUGAUGAGUUGACACGACACUACCGCAAACACACCGGAGCCAAGCCAUUCAAGUGCAACCACUGCGACAGGUGUUUCUCUCGGUCGGACCACCUGGCCCUGCACAUGAAGAGGCACAUCUGAGGGGCAAAAAGAAAAGGAGUGGGAGAGGGGAAGAAGCAAGAGGAGGAAGAGGAGGAGGAGGAGAGAUAGGAGGAAAGAGGGAUGGGCAGUCGAGCUACCAACCGCCCACCUCGUUCACCCCGUUCAAAAACCAGUCGGCAGCCAUGACGCCUGCAGGGCAGCGCAUCCAUCUGAGAGGGCCAUGAAGAUCGCACAGACUGACGGCCCUCCCAUCUUAAGACGGGGACUGGAGGAAAACAAGGAGUAGCUAGAAUGUUGUUUUUCUUUAAAAUUACACACUCACAUACUCGCAAUAGUAAACAGUCCACGCACCCGUCUUUGAAUGCAUCAUCCCGGUGACCCUGGCUGCUCUCACGUGGCUUUUGGGGCUUGGACACUGCCAAACCAACAUUAUACUUAACUCGCUUGAUGAAACAUUACGCCACCUUUUUUCUUUCUCUGUAUUCAGUGUGUUUAAACCAUAAAGUCACUUUGGGUGAGGAGAUAGUUCAGUGGGGAAACUUUAAAUAUCCGUAUAGUCAGUUGUUUGUGCUUUGCCGGCUUCUGAAAUCAAAUACUCAACUUUUUUUCUUUGUUUUUUUAAAUGUUUUUCAUACACGGAACAUAAGAAACCAUCAUCUGCCGCAGUCAGCUUCAGUAAUCUAUGUGAAGAAAACAACAAUGCCAAAUCUGCAGGAGAGAGACUGUACAGAUUGACUUCUAGCAUGGCUGACAAUCGAACCCAGGGCUCGGAUGCUGGGUGUUUUGGUGCACCCAUGGGACCUCGGUCAGCGGGUGCUGCUGCAACUCUCAGGCUCUCCUUCAGUGGGUGUUUGUAUCUCUCACCUUCAUCGAGACGCCUGCCGCCUCCGCAGGCCAUCUGACAGAAAUGCGCAGCGACACUUUCUUCCCUUUUUUUCUACUUAGAGGACAAUAAUUCUUCUUCUUGUUAUUACAAAGAAUGAUACUUUGUUCUUUUCUCUCUUGGAGAAAAUGUCUUAAAACUCACUGAAUUGUGUUAGAGAAAAAAAAAAAACUGAAAAUCUAAGAUGACUUCAACAGAAUGUGUGGGAUGAGAAGGAGAGCGUUGUUGGUCUUUUAAUCCCCAUGUGCACUGACUCUGCUCCUGCGGUCUGUAAGCAACCAGAGGAUGAACAACAAAAAAAAAAAAAACAGAAUCAUACCAACUCUCAGAAAACGGAUUUGUAUUUUUUUUUUUUUGGACUAAAAUAAAAGAAGAGACCAGAGACGUCUUCAGUUUUUUGUGCAGCUCUUUUCUGCCCUGCGAUUCACUCCAGCUGAAAAACAAAAACCCUGGCAUGACCCUCCGUGGACUCGCACACUACCAGAGUCAGGCGGAGGAUUCGCUGAAAACUGGAAACCUGUUUGUUAUUUUUUUAUUUCUUUUUUUCUUUUGUUGAUUCUGAAAGUCAUCCUGGAGCGCUUUCACAGACUCUGAGAUCUCAGCUCCCUGGCAGCACUGCAGGGCAAGAAGAGCUGCGUUUUGCUUUUUCACGUGGGACUAAAGACGCCAACCAACCGAACAGACACGGUCGCACCGGCCCGGUCAAAUUUUGCCUGUUUCGUAUCCAUUGACUGCACUGACUUUUUUUCAAUGUUAUCUGUGCUUUUUUUUCUACAGCGAAAAAUAUGGAAAAAAAGAAACACAAAGAAAAAAAAUCAUAAAAAGACUUGAAAAAAAUACAAUACAAAAACAAUGCUGUCUCGCUCUACACAUUGCAUACACGACAAACACACAUACUCCGUCAACACACGCACACAUAUACACACACAUGCACACACACAUGCACACACACAUGCACACACACACACACACACUUACACUGCAGUUUCUUUGCUCAUGGCUCUUCUCAAGAUAAGACUAAUAAGAUUUAGGAAAAUAAUUAUUAAACUAAUGAACAGAGUUGGAAAACAAAACACUGCAUGGCAGGCUUUAUUGCAAAUGCACACACACACACACACCAGCUCAUGAACACACACACACACACACAUACACACACACACACACACACUCUUCCUGGAAUUAUAUGUUCUGCUCCCAAAUCUUUUUUCACAGUAGGAAUUUAGCAACUGUUGUUUAGUAGAAGAGUAUCUUAGCUCUCAGCUGGAGGUAACAAACGAUUUCAAAUCCUUUGAAGUGAGAAAUCAGCUUGUUCUCAGUUCCAACAAUCACCCACACAUCCCUCGCUACAGUUUCUGCCUCUCAUUUAAUCAGCGUUUUUCUUUUACUUCAGAGACUCUGGUUACAUUGUUGGUUACAAUAGAGUGUAUGAGCCACUGUUUUCAGCAAAGAUAAAUAGGAGUGAGAUAAUUGCAGCAGGUCUUUUAGCAAAAUUUACAGCAUGUUAAAAAAACCUUCAUAAUCCUCAAAGCCCCCUUCCAUGCUGCCUUGUGUACAGUGAAUUUGAAUGUCCUCGAGAUGAAUCCCCCCCGUCUCUCUUGACCCAAACAGAGAUAAAAACCAGGAUUAUCAACGCACAUUUCAUGCUACUCUGCUGAUUCAACAGUUGGCAGCUGUAGCACAAAAAAAAGCAUAGCAAUGUGCCAAAUGAGGCGAAGAAGAAGAAGACUUGUAUCUAGCAAACAUGUUUAAACAAUGCAGGGUUUAAUCUGUUUUUUGUCCAGUCAUACACACACACACACACACACACACAGAUUUUAAAGGUGCCCUUUUUUUCACCCGAGAAAUCUGGGGCCAGUUUCACAAGGACAGACUUUGACUAUGGCUUAGAUAUAACAAAUAGUCAGACUUCAGAUGCACAUCCAAAUUCAUCUGUUGCACAAAGCAAAGCAGUGACGGAUGGAGUCUUUUUGUCCAGUUACACCAGCAGCAACUCAAUUCAUUUGAACAAAAUUGUCACAAUGAGAAUCAUGUUAGUAAAGUCAAUCUGCAGAACUGUUGUGCAGAAUUUAACUUAAGCGGAAUAAAUCAUUUAAAUAUACAUUUUAAUACCAAAGGCCUGUGGCUGGUUUGCUAGCAAGCUUCCUAGCUAAUAAUGUAGCUAGCUAGCAAGCUCACACCAGUGUAUUUAACUGCAACAACACAUGAAGGGAUGUUUUACUUAAUGUUUGAUGAAAAUAAUGGCUUAUUUCUGUGACCUGAAUGUAAUCACCAACAUUAAAAUGUCAAAUGUAAAAAAAACAAAAACAAAAAAAAAUACAUGAGAGCUGGAAACUGGUACGUGCACACAUCCAACACCACCUGCUUCCUUUGCUCAAUGGUUGCAGAAAAAAACAAAAGAACUCGCCUUUCAAUCACUGAUACCGCCAACAUCAACACGAACACUGACACCGCUGGUCCAUCCGCCCACCACCACCUAUAUGCCCCGUAGCACAUGCAAACAGUCUAAUGCUCGCUGCUGCUGACUGGUGCGGCUGGGUGAGGGUGCAAGGUUCCUGAAGCUGGCAGGAGAUUUCCCAUCCCCAUCGUGCCCAGUCAUGGUGCCAGUCGGCCUUGCCAGCCUUCAUUAGGUGAAACAGUGAAAACAUUCCCCUUUAGGGGGGGUUUAUGGUGCAGCUUCGAACAAUCGAUACCAAAAACCUCCAGCGUGGAACUGCCCUUUAGCCAUGGGCAGAGUCUCCCCGGUCAGGAGAGAUCAGCAGGAGACCGCCUCCAUAUGAGGCCUCUGUAUCCAGCGGCAGCUUUCUCUACUAACUCUCUCUUUCUGCUAAAUAUGACGCAAAGCAACCCACGUUUGAGAUGAAUCCAGUGUUUCACUUCUGAUUUUCAUUUCAUUGUUACUGGUUUCUGUUACAAAAGCUGUAUUGAUGGUUGUUUUCUUCAGCUUGGAUGAUGCAAAGUCACGCCAAAAUGUUGAGACAUGCAAAGGGAUGUAGAAGGAGCCCUCCUAUACAGGACGUACAAUCAUUAGAGGGAUGGGGAUCGUAGCACUUUUGUGAGGCUUUUGAUGGCAUGAAUGUGUAUUUGUGUGUGUGUGCGUAUGUGUGUGUGUGUAUGCGUCCCAUUAAUUAGGCAUACUGUGAGGGAGGCAGUGUUUCAGCAAAGUGGUUAAUAACAGAUUUUUAACUGCUGAACAUGUGUGCAACCAUGUGGGAGAAAUGUUGGUUGAUGCAUUUGGUUUUAAUGAAAGUAAUGGCCUACAGUGUGUUUAUUAGGUGUUUGUUCUGACCCUUCAUUCGUUCAUACAUUCAUACAAGUCAUGGAGCUCGAUGACUCGAGUCAAAGAGAUGCAAACUUGCACUUAAUAUCGAAGCACGCUGAAAUCGGACUCCUCCCUGCCAGAUUAAUUGAAACCCCACGUUUUCUUAAGGCUCAUUAUUUUCAGUUUUGUUGUCUCCUUCCCCCAAAAUCUCAGGAUUUGUCAGUGUUUGUUCCGAUUACUAAAAAAAAUUGGUGAAAUAAUAAUAAUACAAAUAUCCAGAUGUAAAUCAGAUCUUAAAAAUACCAUUUGCAGCACAAACACUGUAGUUUAAACACUUCCUACAUAUGGGAAGUCACAAAGAAGCCGCAAAAUCAGCAGCUCAUUUGCCUUUUGUACUCGUUUGUCCUGUCACUUCGUGUUACCGGACGCAUUCUCGAAGCUGCUAAUACCCCAAGAGGAUCUAAUUGACCAAUUUCUGCAUGGAUGCUGACUUAUAAUUCAAGUUGGAUAAUUGCUCAAAUUGAUUUGCUCCUUGAGGUGAAAAUCGAUAAACAGUGAAUAUGAUGAGCCUUAAGGAAUGCGACACCUUCAGCACGUUUUCGUGUUGUUUUGAGGAUCUCACACGGAACAAUUCUGACCCAAACAAUGUAAACAUACCAGGGUGUUGAAGAUUGCAAAUCCCACUUGACAUGUGACAGAUCUUAAAGUCACCUCUGGUACAAGUUCACAUCUCGUUCACUUCAUGCUCAGCCUGUCGAAGCAGGUUUUCUGUCACAGUGUUGCUCCGUGUCUCUUGUCGUCUCUCAGGCUCCUCCAGGCCGGCUAGCUGCCGUCCCACGGCUCUGAUUAGCAUUAGCACUCCUGGGCCCUGUUCUCUAGCUGCAGUUCAGCUAAUGAGAUAGCUCUGGGUCACAGGGAAACUGAGUGGUCUGGAAAAAAAAACAAAACAAAAAAAAAAAACAACAGGGACCUUGAGCCGGACCGAUUCCAACGGUCCAUACCCGGUGGACAGAUUUGAUGUAGGAGAAACAGAAGAUCCCGUUAGCACAGAGAAAUGCCAGGAGACAGUGAGAUAUUUGUCAAAGAGAUUAAACUUUGAUGAAAAAAAGGAUUUAAAAAAUCAUUUACCCACACAAGAAUCCUAAUCCUUAAAUCAGCCCUUGCAUUUUAUCUCAUGUAUUACAGAUAAAAUAAAUUACCAUUUAUCUGCAAAGAUAUUUAAUCCACUCUGUGUCCCCCAACCCUCCCUCUUCCUUCCCAGUUUAAGUGCCAUUCUUGUUUCCCUCCAUCCCUCCAUCCUCACCCCAUCUCUCCCUCUCUGUCCACAGCAGUUGUCCAUGCACUGUCAGCUGCAGGAAUGCUGAAUGCACACUUUACACAAUUUGCCCAAAGAUUUACAUAUUUGCAAGUUAACUGCUGUGAAUGUAGUAGAUGUAGAGGAACGAGCCGAGAGGCAGAGACGCAGAAAAUUAGUGAUGGAUGGAAGGUGGAAGGAGAGGGAUUGUUAUUCUUAGACUCUCGUCCCAUUAAAUCUUAAUUAUGCUCCGAAUCUUCAUGCUUCGUAUCAUUCUCAGUCUCUUGUCAGUCAUCAGCUGGAGCCGAACGCAUUGUUCACAAUGUAAAAUAAUGUUCUCAUGGUUUUAUAGGGUGCCCAGUAUAAUGGCGCUAGCAGCUUAAGCAGGAGUGAAGUAGCUUUAGUUUAAGUUAGCUUCUUAGCACACUGCAAAUAACACUAUCAAGUCUCAUAUUUCAGAGUGAAAGGUGGACUGGAGUCUUGGAGUUACAUCACCAACUUCAAACAAGUUUACCAUUCCCAUACAUCACAUGGUCAGAGUCUAAGCAAGAGGAAAGUCUACCCUUUGGGAAUUACUAAAGGUGCUUUCACACUGGCAGGUUCGUCCAAAUGCGGCAACAAUUCACUUAAAAGGUUUUCCGAACGCAGGUGCAAAGGAAGAAACCGUACUUGAGUCCAUCUGGUACAGUUCCUGUGUUCCUGUUCAGUCGCUCUUCGGUGAGGAAAGAGUUGCACGAUCGUGCGACAGACAGAGGAGGCAUGUGUCACCAAAUCUGCAACAGACAAGCUGCGAUUUGCAACAUGAGAUAAUUGAGCAACCCAGCAACCCAUGCAUUAAAUUUGUAGAACUUGCACAUGUAUCUGCAGUUUGCAACUGACCAUGAUUUGCGAAACAGAAUGUCGCAAUAGACCAGCAGAGCUUUGGAUUGAAACCAACAAAGCCAGUGUGAAAACAGCCUUCAGACGUCCUCUUUGUAGUUGUUUGGACAUUCGACUGUCCGGGCUUCAGUUUCCACAGUUUUCCACCAUAUCACCCUGGAGAAGGAUUGUUACUUCUGGCAGCUUUUGUAAAUAGCGUGAGAUCUUACAUGCAGACCGCUCUGUGUGAAUUUAACCGUAUGUGGCGACAGCACUGUCUCAGACAUUUCAGCAUUUCUAUAGAUCUGCUUUAGUUCUCGCAAACAUUGCACUACAUGAUCAUACUUAGCUAUUGCACUCUCCAUGUGCGCGCACUGCUAGCAUAGUCUGUUGGAGCACUCUGUCAAAUAUCCACUUAACAUUUGUUACACGUCCAGGAUGCACUUUUGCCACAAGAACCAUUUACUGUAGGUCCACUAGCGAUAGAUCAGACUGACAUAUCUACUUAACCUUCCAGUGAAAUGCCUUUUUUCAUCACUCUUAUUCUGGGGGAAUAUGUUGUACUUCACACUCAGUCAUGCUGUGACUUGGUUGAACUUUCUUGGUAUCAGUCGCAUCCCGGAGUGUCUGUCUGUAACUACUGUGUUUGUCCAUGCUUGAUGUGUCAGUAUAUAAGAGAUUCACAGACCUUUACCCCUCUCCUCGUGUCUGUAUGUUCCACCUCACCCGCAUACCAUUCCCCCCUCCACCAAAACCACAACCGUCAGAGCCCUCUGGGGCCCAAACAUGCCGAUAGUCUUCAGAUAUCCAGCUGUACUGGGAAGUAUUCUCAAGAGCUACUAUGCAGCUUGGGAGCUCCAAGCAGUUCUUCGGUGAGACUGCAAUAACUUUUCCACCUUGCCAGCUAAAUGUCCUCGGUCAGUACAGUUUGUUCAACUUAAGUCGACUCAUCCUCGCCGGUGCUUUUCCAUCUCUGCCAGUUUAUCUGCUCAGUUAGUCUCUGAGGCCUGAUUCGUUCUUCUUAAGGUCUUUAAGUUAAAGAACUACCUUCUGGAGCUUGGCCCACUGUUUCAUCUCUCUUUAUGUGAAAAGAGGAUUGGUACCAAAAAAUUCGGUUUGUCUAUGGUACACAGUGCAGUAUCAUACUCCUAAUAAAAUACUAAUGCAGUUUGGCAUUACUUGAUUAGGUGAUUAAAAUGUCUCACUUCCAGGGCAUCAAAAUGAGCUGUGCUAAAUUAGAGCUCUUCUUCCUUGGAAACUAGGUUAUUUUUGUUUCAGCUUUUCAAAAAUUUUCAUUUGUCAACAAGUCUGGAAACUAUUUAGACAUGUUUUCCAAAUUAACCAUCUGCCCAGAGCUAAAAGUUCUAAUUUUCUUUCUUCUGGGAUGAAACGAGAAAAGUAAUCUCACCUACACCUACAGAUGUAGGAAGAUUCAUUUUCAUUUCAUUGAGACUCACUUCGGGCGUAAACAAUUGCCUCCAAAUAGGUAAUGAGUUCUUUUACACCAUAAAGUCAUAUUGAUGUAUUUUUCUUUUAUAAUGUGGGUCUUAUUUUCGAACUUCUGUCCAUUCUUUUUAUUGGAUAAGAAAACAUGUUGCUGCUCACCAGAGAUCUAGGACACAAUGUCAAAGACAUAAAACAACUUCAAAUUUUUCUUUUGGUUCAAGCGCCAAAUAAAAGUUUUAGUUAAUUUUGGUUAAAUUUAGAUAUUAAAUUUAGUGUUAGAUAGUUUUAACGUUGAGGUUUGGGAUUGAUGUUGAUCUUGCUUGCCCAAAUGGAUGAUGAAUGAAUCUCUGCAGUUCAUCUAAUGAGUAACAUGUUGUCAUCAUCAACAGGAAUGAUAACCAAAAUAAGACCCAGAUUGAAUAGAAAAAGACAUUUACCUUUAAAAUAAUAAGCAUCGGCAUCCACACUAACUCAAACAGAAAUCUGGUGGAGACACAGAAAGGAUUUCGGUGCCAAUCCUCGUGCUACAUGUUUAGGUAAAGUGACCAAUCCAGUGCCAUCAUUCAGUGAAAGCUGGUAUUUUAGCACCAUUAUAUCUAGUGUGUGUCUAUAGUCAACUCCAACCACACCUGUUAAGGAAUCGCAACUGUAUGUUUUCUGGGAUGAAUGGACAUGUAGAAAAGAGAAGAAGAUGGCAGAUGUGUUUUCACCAUCACAACAUCCCUCUCACCUGUCCUACAGGUGCUCUGUAACCCUGACACCUUUCACAUCAGUCCAUAAACCGUCACUUUCACCCGCCUUCCUCUCCUCUGUCACCGUCACAUCUGUUGAGUAUUUUUGAUUUGAUUUGAUUUUUUUGAGUUCUCUUACAAUUUUUUGCUGUACAAAGUGUUUAAAAUAUUAUUUGUAUUAUAUGAUGUUAGUAUGGUAAUGUUCUUUAUUAAGGAAGAAGAAAAUUUAUUUUUGUUACUGGUCUGUUUCAUAAUUCUUUUCUAAAUUGGUAUUGUAAGAUAUCUAUGCAAGAACUGUUAAGUGGAGCAUUUUUAUUUAAGAAUGUAAUAUGUGUAAUAAAUGGUAGAAUCUG